AUGGCAGAAGAAGAUUGGGGUGAUAUUUUCACAAAUCUUCGAAUGAGUGCAUGUCGAGGACGUCUUCAACUAUUCGCCAGGCAAUUUUUUGCAGAAAAAAUAAUUGAUAUUGGAGAAGAUAACGAAGAUUACGUCGAAAACAUGCUUAAAGAAGAAGAGAAAAUCGCCAUUGCUGGACUCACUAACACACUUCCAUUAAGAACACUCAGCCUUCCAUGGCUUCCUAAAGCUCGCCGUACUGCAAUCUACAACAUUGUUUCCUUUGGAGGAAGUCUUGGAGUCAGAAAAAUCACAAUUUACGCAGCAGUAAUUUACGUUGAUAGGUUUCUUUCUUUAGUGCCAAAAAAACGAAAAAUAUCGCGGAUUGCGGUGUUACUUGCAUAUGCAUGUUUAUAUUUGGCUUUUGAAGAACAUGAAGAUUAUAGAGGAUUAUUAGUAUCUGUGGACAGUCGAAGUUAUACAGAAAGCAUAAUGAAUUUAAAGUCCAGUGUGGUUACACAAUUUGGAGGGAUAGUGAAUUUUGUUACUCCAAUUCAGUUUAUCAAAUUUUUCUUGUCAAAAUUAUGUAAAGAUUUUUCAAGAAAAGAGUAUGCAAGAAUCAAGACUGUGGAAGUCAUCAUGAGUACAAUUGGAGAUGUGAGGUUAAUGAGUGUUAGAGCAUUUGUAAUAGGAGCAGCAGCAACAUUAUUAGCAUCAAAUUCAAAUAUAUUGACACAUGAAAUGAUAAAGGAUGAGAUUAAUGCCUUGCCUAAAAGAUGGCUUAUUCCAAUUGAUGAGAUGUGCUCUUGCUAUGAUAGUUUGCUAGAGACCAAUAGGCACAGACUUGACAUAAGUUGAUAAUUUGGACUGUAAUUUGCUGUUUUAUGUAAUAUGUUGGACACAAACAGAAAAUAUUAUG